CCACCCCGACCCCGAUCGACCGUGCCAUGCGCAGGCGGCAGGCAGAGCUUUGAAUUAUUCCUCUACCACCCAGACGCGCACAUGAGCCGACUAUGAUUGAGUAGGAAAAUCCGAAAUUAAUGUCGAUCUCCUCCAUUUCUCCACGCCACCAAUCGUUUCCCACGCCUUGACCGUCAAUAAUCUCCACAUCGCCGUCUUCUUGAUCGCCACCGCCACCACAGUCCACAGACCACACACACACCACAGAACUAACCCAGCUUCUUCUUCUUCUUCCUCCUCCCUCUCGUGCCGUCGUGCGGCGGGGCGGCCGGCAUGUCAUCGGCUCCACUGCUUGGUGGCCCCGAGCCCGCCGACGGCAAGGGCGGCGAAGGCGAGGCGAGGCCCUCGAGCUGCUCGCCGGCGUGGCUGCGCCGCCUGAUCGACACGGAGGAGGCGUGGGCGCAGCUGCAGUUCGCGGUGCCGAUGGUCCUCACCAACAUGUCCUACUACGGCAUCCCGCUGGUGUCCGUCAUGUUCUCCGGCCACCUCGGCAACGUCCACCUCGCCGGCGCCACGCUCGCCAACUCCUGGGCCAACGUCACCGGCUACGCCUUCGUGACUGGUAUGAGCGGCGCCCUGGAGACGCUAUGCGGGCAGGCCUACGGCGCCCGACUAUACCGCAUGCUAGGACUGUACCUGCAGUCGUCGCUCAUCAUGUCGGCGGUGGUGUCCAUGGUCAUCGCCGUCCUGUGGCUGUUCACGGAGCCGCUGCUUCUGUGCCUGCAUCAAGAACCCGAGGUGUCCCGCGCCGCCGCGGUGUUCAUUCGGUACCAGAUCCCCGGCCUGUUUGCCUUCUCCUUCCUGCAGUGCCUUAUAAGGUACCUGCAAACGCAGUCCGUCGUGGUGCCGCUCGUCGUCUGCUCCGGAGUGCCAUUCCUGCUCCACAUCGCGCUGAACCACCUUCUGGUGAACGUGCUCGGUUUCGGCUUCGUCGGCGCGUCUGCCGCCAUCUCCAUCACCUUCUGGUUCUCCUGCCUGAUGCUGCUUGGGUACGUGAUCCGGUCCAAUGAGUUUAGCGAGACAUGGAAGGGCUUCUCUGCCGACGCAUUCAACUACGUGAUGCCGACGAUCAAGCUCGCUACGCCCUCCGCCGUCAUGGUUUGCUUGGAGUACUGGGCGUUUGAGCUUCUUGUUCUUAUCGCCGGCUUGCUACCGAAUUCCACAGUGAGCACGUCAGUGAUCGCCAUGUGCUCGAGCACGGAGGCGAUUGCCUACAUGAUCACGUACGGAUUCAGUGCCGCUGUAAGCACCCGGGUGUCAAAUGAGAUCGGAGCCGGAAACGUGGAUAUGGCGAAGAAUGCGGUCGCGGUGACGCUGAAGCUCUCGGUGUUCCUCGCUUUCUUCUUCAUCCUUCUGAUGGGCUUCGGCAACGGCCUUUGGGCGAGUCUCUUCAGCGGGGACGAGGUGAUUGUGGCAGAAUUCGCGGCCUUCACCCCAUUCCUGACGAUCUCGAUCGUGCUCGACUCCGCGCAGGGCAUACUGUCAGGGGUGGCGAGGGGCUGCGGAUGGCAGCACCUGGCGGCGAUGACGAACCUUGUGGCGUUCUACUUCAUCGGCAUGCCGUUGGCCGUCCUCUUUGCCUUCAAGCUCAACUUCUACACCAAGGGUUUAUGGUCGGGUCUGAUCUGCGGGCUGACUUGCCAGACCAGCACGCUGGUGGUGAUCACCGCCCGCACGAAAUGGUCCAAGAUCGUCGAUGCGAUGCAGCAAGAGAAGGCCAACUACGUCGCUUGAUUGAUGAGUGUCGUUCAUGCCUUCGUGGCGUGCACAUGUAAGGGUGCUUGUGAGAUGGCCAGAGCGUGCGAUGCUUCAACGGGUUUAGCCUUAUGGGGUAGGCUAGAUUUUUGACCGUGUAAUUCGAGGGAAUUUAUGUCUCAUGAAACGGAAAGAUUAAACAAGAGUA